AUGAAAAGUGGAGAGAGAAGAUCAGACUAUGACAAAAACCUAGGGCCAAGUAUGGUAAUGGAUGAGGACAGCUUGGUGAUCCCCAUCAAUAAAGAUGCCUAUGAAGUUCUUAAGAGAAGAGAGAACUGUCUAAGUAGUCUCACUGACAAAAAGUUUGGUUGUAAAUUGACCUUCAAAAGUACAAAAUUAAAGGAGACGAGUGAUCAAAAAUACUCUGGUGAAGUAUACAGGAAAAAAUUGAGCCAGGGAAUUGACAUUUGUGUUUGUAAGGAUGAUCUCACAAGACACAAGGUCGAUGCUUUGGUGAAUGCAGCCAAUGAACAUCUAGAACAUGGAGGAGGCCUUGCUUUAGCCCUUGUGAAUGCUGGAGGGCCAGAAAUACAAAGACAAAGCAAGCUUUAUAUUCAAAAGUAUGGGAAACUCACAGUUGGCAAAAUAGCAGUGACAGAUGGAGGAAAGCUUCCCUGUAGGAAAAUUAUUCAUGCAGUUGGUCCAAGGUGGAACAUGUAUGGAAAGGAAAAAUGUUGUGACCUACUUGGAGAAGCUAUUGUGAAUGUUCUAGAGUACGUUACUGCUCCAGAAAAUACUAUAAAGUCUGUGGCUAUCCCAGCAGUAAGUUCAGGUCUUUUUGGCGUCCCACUUGAUUUGUGUGCUCAAGUGAUUGUAGUGACUAUAAAGGAAUUUGUUGAGGCAAAUCCACUGCACAGUCUCAGGGAAAUCCGCCUGGUGAACAUUUGUGACAAUACAGUUGCAGAAAUGAAGAAGGCCUGUAAAAAGUUUCUGGGUGAUAGCAGUUCACUUCAGGAAACUCUUCCAGCUUCAAGCCAGCCUUCGGCUUUCAUCAUACAUGGAAGCAUUCGCUUGCGCAUCAUAAGAGGACUCCUUGGAGAGCAGAAGACGACAGCUGUUGUUAAUUCUGUGUGUGCGAAUGGCAAGCCUCGCUCUUCAGUUUCAAGAGGACUGCUGCAAAAAGCGGGUUCAGCUCUUCAGGAUGAACUUCAGUCUUCUCUUAAACAUUUUUACAAGGGACUUGUAGUAACAAAAGGGCAUAAUCUGCCCUGUGAGUUCGUGCUGCACAUUGUAUGGCCGCAAUACCGCCACAAGGUGUUGCUGUGUGAGGAAUUAAAAGCUGCAGUGAAAAGAUGCCUGGAUUACAUUGGGGAACCUCCUGAAUGGCAAUCUCCCUCAGUUUCUUUUCCAGCAAAUGUGAUUGAAUCAUUAAUGCUGCCUGUUGAUACAGUGGCAGAGAUAAUGAUUGAAGAGGUUUUAAAUUUUGCUGGGGCACACCCUGAGAAGAAGAUAGAGGUGCAGAUUGUCGUUUGCCCAGACGACUACAAAGCCUAUCAGGUUUUCCAGACAAGAUGUUCCUUGGCAGCACACAAACUGGAAAAAAAGCAAUAUUACAGCAGAAGUGAUCUUUUGAGUAUAGAGACAGGCAGUGGACGUGUAAAAGAGACUGCAGAUCAUGAACCAGCUAUUGAACUUAAAGGGAACAUACGUACAGUGUUGGAGGCAGCAGAAUCAUGGCUCCAAAGCGUGGUACAAAUUCAGAAAAGUCACUGUGCUGUUAUUGAAAACAACUACAUUUUUAACCUUGGUAAAAAAGAGUUUGCGGAACUAUCUCAAGAGCUGCCUUCUAGUGUAAGUGUAUCGGAAGUAGUGCGAGAUGGAAAAGCAAGACUGGAAUUUCAGGGCCCCUCCAAUGCUGUGAUUGAUGCAGUGCUUGCAACUGAAAAAUUACUGCUUCGUAUGCAACAGAGGACUACAGACAAACAAGAGGAGCUGCUUUACUUAAUGCGCCAACCAGAAGUAGGUCAGCUUUCAGAACACCUUCACAGGACAGAUACUACCAAUGGCAUCCAUAUUUCACUGUUGGAAUCACACCUUCAGGAGUUUAAAGACAGACAGAAGCAGUUUGAAAAAGCUGGGCUUCAUGUUCUCAAGAUUGAAAAGAUACAUAAUCCUCUUUUAUCUGCUGCAUUCCAACAACUGAAAAAAAAUACAGAAGAAAAACAAGGUUUCUCGAAAAUAACGCACAGGUUGUACCAGCACGUUCCUGCUCAGUUCUGCAGGUCGGUGUGCCAAACUGGAUUUCACAGGGUGUAUUCUCCUCCAACAGAACAAAAAUACGGAGCUGGCAUCUACUUUAAAAAGAAUCCGAAAAGCUUAAUCGAGGGUAAAGAUGUGUGGGACACAGACACUAAAAUGUACGUGUUUGAGGCUGAUGUAUUAACAGGCUUAUACACUAAAGGGAAGCCGUCUUACAUUUUGCCACCAGCAGUGGAGGGGCGCGCUGGUGAGGUGUACGACAGCUUAGUGGAUGAUGUGAGCAAUCCUGACACCUUUGUCAUUUGCAACAGCAUUGGGGCCCUUCCACAAUAUUUGCUGACUUGUUCCCCAGUGAGGGAGAGGUAUAUGGGCCCUUGA